CCGUGGGCUGGGGGCUGGGACGGGCGGGACAGAGGCAGGCACGGGGUCUCCCCUUCGGGCUGGGGCCGGGGGCCGGACAGGGGCCCCUCUCUUCUCGGCUUUCGCCCGUGUCACCUGUUCCCCGUGUCGCCCUGUCCUCCUGCCUGUCACCUACCGCCGUUCUCUGCUCCCCUCCAGCACUUGCCCUCUCCUCUCUGUCUCCCCCAUCCCGACGCUCUGGCCCUGAACAGCCGGCAGGUGCGCUUCGGGCGUGUCCACACUCUACCCCUCUUGGGUCCCCCUGCUGCCCGCAGGGCCCUCAUGCAGCGCCUGUCUCUCUCUCGGUCCCUGCUCAGGUACCUUGGGCAGGGCAUGAGUGUGUUGGCGUCAGCUGGCGUGUGCAUGGCUUGUGACCUCUCGGGAGCUGCCAGCAUGGUUGGUUCCCUGGGGGCUCGUGCUGGACCUGUUCUGCUUUGCAUGUCCAAGGGCUGUGGGCAGCCGACUUGGGUUUGAUGUUCCCUGAUGUCCAUGGUCAAGCUGCUGCCCGGGCCAGGUUUCCUGGGCUCUGAUGGUGGACUCAGCAUCUCCCCACAGCCGCCCCUCUCAGGCAUGGGCUGAGGGCCUGUGCACAGUACUCACCUAUUUCACCAAGGCCUGUGGUGCUCUUGGCAGUUUGGCAUUGGCUCGUUGUUGACGGGGUGGCCAGGGCUGGAACCUGCCUGUCCUCUUCCUCAGACCCAGCCCGCCUGGACCCCAGACCCUGCAGAGACUGGAGGCCGGGGGUGGGUGUGCUGCCCAACUGGAGCACCUCUGAGGCCCCUGCCAGGGAGAGGGGACAGCUGGCUUCCCUUUGCUGAGUCCCUCCCCUGGCAGGGGCACCGCUGACUGGUUUGGAGUGAGCAAGGACAGUGACAGCACCCAGAAGUGGCAGCGCAAGAGCAUCCGUCACUGCAGCCAGCGCUAUGGGAAGCUGAAGCCCCAGGUCAUCCGGGAGCUGGACCUGCCCAGCCAGGACAAUGUGUCGCUGACCAGCACUGAGACGCCCCCUCCUCUGUAUGUGGGGCCGUGCCAGCUGGGCAUGCAGAAGCUCCCGCUCGGGUUUCAGCCGGCUCCCUCGGCGGCGCAAGCGUGAGUCAGUGGCUAAGAUGAGCUUCCGGGCGGCUGCUGCGCUGGUGAAGGGCCGCUCCGUUAGGGAUGGCACGUUGCGCCGGGUGCAGCACCGAAGCUUCACCCCUGCCAGCUUCCUGGAAGAGGACACGGCUGACUUUCCUGACGAGCUGGACACGUCCUUCUUUGCCCGGGAAGGUGUCCUCCACGAGGAGCUGUCCACGUACCCAGACGAGGUGUUCGAGUCCCCGUCAGAGGCGGCGCUCAAGGACUGGGAGAGGGCCCCGGAGCAGGCAGACCUCACGGGCGGGGCCCUGGACCGCAGCGAGCUGGAGCGCAGCCACCUGAUGCUGCCCUUGGAACGUGGCUGGCGCAAGCAGAAGGAGGGCGGCGCAGGGGCCGGGCAGCCCAAGGUGCGGCUGCGGCAGGAGGUGGUGAGCGCGGCCGGGCAGCGGCGGGGCCAGCGCAUCGCGAUGCCCGUGCGCAAGUUCUUCGCCAGGGAGAAGCGGCCCUACGGUCUGGGCAUGGUGGGCCGGCUCACCAACCGCACUUACCGCAAGCGAAUCGACAGUUACGUCAAACGCCAGAUUGAGGACAUGGACGACCACAGGCCCUUCUUCACCUACUGGCUCACCUUCGUGCACUCGCUCGUCACCAUUCUAGCCGUCUGCAUCUAUGGCGUGGCGCCCGUAGGCUUCUCACAGCACGAGACCGUGGACUCGGUGCUGCGGAACCGCGGGGUCUAUGAGAACGUCAAGUACGUGCAGCAGGAGAACUUCUGGAUCGGGCCCAGCUCGGAGGCUCUCAUUCACCUGGGUGCCAAGUUCUCACCCUGCAUGCGCCAGGACCCGCAGGUGCAUAGUUUCAUCCACGCUGCGCGCGAGCGCGAGAAGCAUUCGGCCUGCUGCGUGCGCAACGACCGGUCUGGCUGCGUGCAGACCUCAGAGGAAGAGUGCUCGUCCACGCUGGCAGUGUGGGUGAAGUGGCCCCUCCAUCCCAGCGCCCCAGACUUUGCCGGCCACAAGAGGCAGUUCGGCUCUGUCUGCCACCAGGACCCCAGGGUAUGCGAUGAACCUUCCUCUGAGGACCCCCACGAGUGGCCAGAUGACAUCACCAAGUGGCCGAUUUGCACCAAAAGCAGUGCUGGGAAUCACACCAACCACCCCCACAUGGACUGCGUCAUCACGGGCCGGCCCUGCUGCAUUGGCACCAAGGGCAGGUGUGAGAUCACGUCCCGGGAGUACUGUGACUUCAUGAGGGGCUACUUCCACGAGGAGGCCACGCUCUGCUCGCAGGUACACUGCAUGGACGACGUGUGUGGGCUCCUGCCCUUCCUCAACCCCGAGGUGCCCGACCAGUUCUACCGCCUCUGGCUGUCCCUCUUCUUGCACGCUGGGAUCCUGCACUGCCUGGUGUCCGUCUGCUUCCAGAUGACUGUCCUGCGGGACCUGGAGAAGCUGGCAGGCUGGCACCGCAUAGCCAUUAUCUACCUGCUGAGUGGUGUCACUGGUAACCUGGCCAGUGCCAUUUUCCUGCCAUACCGGGCGGAGGUGGGCCCAGCUGGCUCGCAGUUCGGCAUCCUGGCCUGCCUCUUUGUGGAGCUCUUCCAGAGCUGGCAGAUCCUGGCCCGGCCCUGGCGCGCCUUCUUCAAGCUGCUGGCCGUGGUGCUCUUCCUCUUCGCCUUCGGGCUGCUGCCCUGGAUCGACAACUUCGCCCACAUCUCGGGCUUCGUCAGCGGCCUCUUCCUUUCCUUCGCCUUCCUGCCCUACAUCAGCUUCGGCAAGUUCGACCUGUACCGCAAGCGCUGCCAGAUCAUCGUCUUCCAGGUGGUCUUCCUGGGCCUCCUGGCCGGCCUGGUGGUCCUCUUCUACGUCCACCCUGUCCGCUGCGAGUGGUGCGAGUUCCUCACCUGCAUCCCCUUCACUGACAAGUUCUGUGAGAAGUACGAGCUGGAUGCGCAGCUGCACUGAGCCGCCAGACCCUCGGGCUUCGUGCCCUGCUGCCGAAGCCCUGGUGCUUCCGGGCACUCCCUGCCCUGGUUCCCACGUUCCCCUCUAACUAGUCUCUCGACGACCACCUCGCGUGGCCAAUAAACGGACCGGGAGCGUUUUAGCUGCCACUAACGGGA